CGCUGUCGCCCUGACCAGGGUCCGUCUUGUCUCUUCCCUCCAGGAGUCCCUCCGCGAGCCGGGCGAAGAUGAGGCGCCCCCCGCCCCUCCGGCGGCUGGCGCUCCUCCUCGUGGGACUGGCGGUGCUCCGAAGCGGGCCAGUGCGAGCCGGAGGAAAAUCCUACACCGGACCCUGUGCUGGAAGAGACUGUAGUGGAGGAUGUGAAUGUUUCCCAGAAAAAGGAGCUCGUGGCCAACCAGGAUCACUUGGGCAGCAGGGGCUCUCGGGACCCCCUGGAGUGGAAGGCAUCCCAGGUCUGCCAGGGCACAAAGGGGACAAAGGCGAAAGAGGCCGACCAGGAAUAUCUGGACCAACAGGAGAAGUGGGUCAAAGAGGGGUCACUGGAUUUCCCGGCGCAGAUGGCGUUCCCGGUCAUCCGGGUCAAGGUGGAUCUCGGGGGAAACCUGGCCACGAUGGCUGCAAUGGGACCAGGGGAGACCCUGGCCAGGAGGGAACCCCGGGGACUCCAGGCUUGCCUGGUUUCUUUUCCUCCUGCACAUGGGCAAGCGAUGGCCAAGCCCUUGGGCAAGUGGAGGAAGGGACAGGAGAAAGGGAAGGGCAGAAAGGGGAACCAUUUGUACUGACUCCCGACUUGGCUGCAGAAUUCAGGGGCGAUCCCGGUGACCCAGGCCUCAUGGGCUUUCCAGGUCCUCAAGGUCUCCCUGGUUCCCCAGGUGUAUUUGGUCCUGUUGGAGACCCCGGACUACCUGGGCCUCCUGGACUGCCGGGAUCUCCAGGGCUUCCAGGCAACAGAGGUCUUGGCUUUUACGGAGAAAAAGGUGAAAAGGGAAUUAAAGGAGAAAAAGGAAUAAGGGGAGAACCUGGAAUUCCAGGUUCCCAUAUAUAUAUAGCUGAAAAGGGCGAAGAAGGAAUCACCGGCUUUCCCGGACAAAGGGGUUUGCCGGGCAUCAAUGGUCUAAAAGGAGUUGACGGAGACGUGGGCAGCCCAGGACCAGAUGGCUUCCCUGGCCGAGACGGUCAAAGAGGAAUGAAGGGAGAGCCGGGAGACCGAGGUGUUCGAGGCCAGCCAGCUUAUGCACAUCAGCCCACUCUGAUAAAAGGCGCAAGAGGUGACCCGGGAGCCCCUGGUUUUCCUGGGCCUGCGGGAGACAGAGGUGAACAAGGCAGUCCUGGGAUUCCUGGUCGUCCCGGACCAGCACCGGAUUUCUCUGCAGGGAGAGGUUUGCCCGGAGAAAUGGGUCCCAAGGGUUUUGUUGGUGAUCCGGGGUUGCCUGCUUCAGAUCCAGGACCCCCAGGGUUAGAUGGUCUGCCUGGACCACCCGGUUUUCCUGGCGCACCUGGCCCCCCAGGUAGUUCAGAGUAUGUUCUCGGGCCGAAGGGGUUUCCGGGGUUUCCGGGCCCCGGGGGCAGCCAAGGUUACCCAGGGUCACGUGGACUGAAAGGCCAGAAAGGCGAGCCAGGGGAUUGUCGAUGCGGAUCUGAUGAAGGAAGAAGGGGCCCAGCUGGGCAACCGGGUCCCCCAGGUUUUCCAGGCCCCAUUGGACAACUUGGGAGAAAGGGAGAAGUCGGUGAUCAAGGCCAGCAUGGAAUUCCUGGAUUUUCCGGUGCAAAAGGGCUCUCAGGACUUCCUGGACUGCCUGGACCACCAGGGCCAAAAGGGGAUGCCCGAUACGUAACCGAAAAAGGUGUCAAAGGAGACCCAGGAAUCCCUGGGUUUCCUGGAGUGAAAGGAGACAAUGGUUUACCAGGCAGAGAUGGAAAAGAUGGUUUGCCUGGACUUCCGGGGCUUCCUGGCGAUGGUGUAAGAGGUGCCUUAGGGGAUGCUGGUGAGCCAGGACUGCCUGGCCCGAAGGGCUUUCCAGGUGAAGCAGGCCUGCCUGGCAUUAGCUUGCCAGGCCCCCAAGGGUAUCCCGGUGCUCCAGGUGACCCCGGGGCGCAUGGGAAUCCUGGUUUGCAAGGCCCUCCAGGUCCCCCAGGGACUCCUGCUCAAAUAGAUUGUGGACAAACAGUGCAGACGUUUUUCCCCGGCAACAGGACAGGACAACAGGAAGCACAAUGGCCAGGUGCCGGCUGCCCUACGGCCCCCAAAGGAGCUCCAGGAAGUCCGGGGUUACCAGGACCAAGAGGUGCAGUUGGUGCAAAGGGGGUCCCAGGAGACUUUGGUCUGAAUGGGCUCAAGGGGGUAACAGGCUUCCAAGGGGACCGAGGCCCCGAAGGUGUCGCAGGCCCCCCAGGAUUCACUGGGCCCAGAGGAAGUCAAGGUUUACCAGGAUUACCUGGGGCUAAAGGUUUUCCAGGUAGUCCUGGUUUCUCAGGUUUGCCUGGUACACCAGGAGCAAAAGGCAUCACAGGAGAUAUCCUAGGAGCACAGCCAGGCUUCCCAGGAGAUGCUGGACAACCUGGAUCCCCAGGACAACGAGGCCCCCAAGGAGACCAAGGUGUACCAGGAUUUAGAGGCACCGAUGGGUUUCCAGGCUCACCUGGAAUCAAAGGAGGGCGUGGGUUUCCAGGGUCUCCAGGCUUGUCGGGUAGGCCAGGACCACCGGGUUCAUUUGGAUUCCCUGGAAUGCCGGGCCCGCAAGGAACCGGAGGAAGAAUGGGUUCACAGGGAUUUCUUGGCCCACCUGGUCCUCGAGGGGAUUCCGGAGACCCAGGAGCACCUGGCCCUGCAGGCGUAAAAGGUCUGCCUGGUACCAAAGGUGAACCGGGUUUCCCUGGCGUUAAAGGCAAAGCUGGUGAGAUUGGCCUUGCUGGAGUGGAUGGGAUGCCCGGCCUCCCCGGUCUGAAAGGCAGCAAAGGUUCGCAGGGCGUUGGAGGGUUUAAAGGUGCCAUGGGUCUCAAAGGAUGGCCGGGCUGGAACGGAGUCCAAGGAGAGAAAGGCAUACCUGGGCUGCAAGGUUCGCGAGGGCUGACGGGUGACCCAGGACAGAAAGGUGACCGUGGAGAACACGGCCCAUCAGGAGCACCCCCGAAAAUCAUGGCAAGCAUGCUCCAGGAAGUGAAAGGUGAAAAAGGAGACGAAGGAGAAGCCGGGGUCAAGGGGUACAUUGGCUUCAAAGGCAGUAAAGGGAUGCCGGGCUACCCUGGCCAGACUGGAAGGCCUGGUUCACCUGGUUUCCCAGGUUACGUUAAAGGCCAUAAAGGAGAGACUGGGAUCAAAGGAUUCAAAGGCUUUCCGGGGCAUCCUGGUGCCCAAGGACCUCAGGGCAUUCCCGGCUUCCCUGGAGCCACUGGACGUCGGGGAGACAAGGGAAUGCCAGGAGGAACAGGAACAUUUGGCGAGAAGGGCCUGACUGGGGACAUUGGUGGCAGGGGAGAUACUAUAAAUUUACCAGGAAGAACAGGUCUUAAAGGAGAAGGCGGUACCGCUGGCUUCCCAGGUGUGAGAGGCCCCACAGGAGAAAAGGGGGAAAGCGGAGAUCCGGGUUUUACGGGCAUUGGAGGAAUUCCGGGCUCACUAGGGGAACAGGGCUCAAGAGGACAAGAAGGAUUCCCAGGACAGACUGGGGAACGAGGAUGGUCGGGAGAUCCAGGAUUUCCAGGGUUAUCAGGUGAAAAGGGAAGUUCUGGGCAGCCGGGGUUUCCAGGACUGAAAGGUCCCGAUGCUUACGGCCCGCCAGGUUUCCGAGGCACUUGGGGUGACAAAGGUAUAGCAGGAGAGCCAAGCUCCGUUGACGGCAGUCGAGGAGCUCCAGGUCAAAAAGGAGAGAGAGGAGAUCCAGGGCCACGGGGGACAGCUGGAGGUCCUGGACCGGCUGGUCUGCCAGGCCUUCCUGGAGUUUCCAAUAUCUCCGGAUUCCCCGGGGACAUGGGAGCCCCCGGUUUUGACGGCGUACCAGGCUACCCGGGACCUUCGGGGAGACCCGGAAUACCCGCUCCACCGGGAUCCAAAGGAGAAGUGGGACAGGUGGGCGUGGCUGGAGCAGACGGUCCGAAAGGAUUUAGAGGAGACCCAGGUUCAGAUGGAAGACCCGGAAUACCAGGAUUUCCAGGGCCAAAAGGAAGGAAAGGUGACCAAGGAGUCAUGGGAUUUGUUGGCUUAGUAGGAAGUACGGGAGACUUUGGCCCCAGGGGACCCAAAGGAGACAGAGGACCGACAGGAUUCCAGGGACCUCCAGGUUCCCCUGGCCUGGCUCCCGUCCCUCCUAAACUGCAUGCUCUGCAGGGGGCAGCAGGCCCUCAGGGGGGCAGAGGGAUUAACGGCAGUCCCGGUGAAAUGGGUCCACAAGGUCCACCAGGAGAUCCAGGUUUUAGAGGAUCGCCCGGCAAAGCAGGGGUGCAAGGAAGAGGAGGAAUACCAGCCUCUCCGGGCUUUAGAGGUGACCAGGGCCGAAUGGGACUGCAGGGUCCUCUGGGAUUUGAAGGUACACCAGGUGAUCCAGGUACUCCUGGGAUUCCAGGCAUGCCAGGACGCAGCGUUAACAUAGGAUACCUCCUGGUGAAGCACAGCCAGUCGGAUCAAGAGCCCAUGUGCCCAGUGGGCAUGAACAAGCUGUGGAGCGGCUACAGCUUGUUGUAUUUUGAAGGACAAGAUAAAGCCCAUAAUCAGGAUCUGGGCCUAGCUGGGUCGUGCUUGGCUCGGUUCAGCCCGAUGCCUUUCCUUUACUGCAACCCCGGAGACAUCUGCUACUACGCCAGCCGCAAUGACAAAUCCUACUGGCUCUCCACGACGGCCCCUCUUCCCAUGAUGCCUGUGGUGGAAGAAGAGAUCCAGCCUUACAUCAGCCGCUGUUCCGUCUGCGAGGCCCCAGCCGUCGCCAUCGCUAUCCACAGCCAAGACGUGUCUAUCCCGCACUGCCCAGAGGGAUGGCGCAGCUUAUGGAUCGGCUAUUCGUUCCUCAUGCACACGGCCGCUGGCGCUGAAGGAGGGGGCCAGUCUCUCGUCUCGCCAGGCAGCUGCCUGGAGGAUUUCCGGGCAACCCCCUUCAUCGAAUGCAACGGCGCUCAGGGGACUUGCCACUACUUUGCCAACAAGUACAGCUUCUGGCUCACGACCAUCGACACCCAGUUUCAACACUCGCCCUCUUCGGAUACGCUGAAGGCAGGACUCAUCCGAACUCACAUCAGCCGAUGCCAAGUCUGCAUGAAAAAUCUGUAAAAAGAAAAAAAGAAAGAAAUUGCUCCAGAACGGCGGGGAGCAAAUCCUCUUGGUGCUUAUUUAACUUAUUACCUCAAGACCCAAAA